AUGGUGUUGCCGGCGCUGGUGCUGGCGCUCAUCGGGCUCGUGGCCUUCGACGUCAUCAUGGAGACCAACAUUAUCGCGCGCGUGCCGGCCGCUAUGCUGGCGAGCGACGUCGACAUCUGCGUCCCCACCGUCGUGAACGCCAGCGCCAUCGAGUACCACUCGAACCACCGAUACUACGACGAGCUAAAGAGCUUGACCGUGCCCGUCCCGCUCUUCCGGGACGGCCACACCAAGCUCUGCAACAAGAAGAGCAGGAUCCAGGCCAAGUACGAGUACUGCCUGCCCAUUUCCGGCCGCAAGGACGUUCCACUCUGCGCGGCGGCGGACCGCAUGGAUCUGCUCAACUUACGCUCGUCCAAGUCCAUUUGCUACGCCAGCGUGCUGCACAUGCUGCUGUUGGAAGUGUUCGAGGAGCUGCAGGCCACGGGCAACAUCCCGUUCCUGGCCUUCGGGUCCUUAUUAGGGGCUGUACGCAAUGGCUCCAUGAUCCCAUUCACGGAAGACGUCGACAUUGGGUUCGUGGGCGAGAUGAUCACGCUGGACACGCUGCGGCUGCGGCUCCGCAAGAAGGGCUAUCACAUGUUCUUCAUGGAUAUCUGGCGGGUCUGCGUGGCGCCCACGCACCCGUUGGCGGGGCACCUCUACGACCCAAACCUGCCCAUCAGCCAGAACUUCGCCGUGCCGUACGUGGAUCUGUACAUGAUGAAGCAGACCGACGACGGCAAUUGGGACCUCCAGGAGCUGAAGGGCAGUAACGGCCGCAUCCUGCCGGGCAACAAGGUGCAGCCCUUCUCGCAGGUGUCGAUCAACGGAAUGCCGUUCGAUACCGUCGCGGACCCAAGGUUUUUCCUCAAAGAGGCCUACGGCGACGACUACAUGACCCCGAAGCCUCGAGACGAAUAG